AUGCUUUUUACUUAAAUUAAAAGAACUGUACCAAUGAGAAAUUACCUAAAACUAUGUCAUGAAAAGCUCGUCAAACCAUAACCAUGUCAAGAUCAAAAACAGAAGACCAUUGUUUACAAACAAUAAAAACAGUACUGAAAAUGUUGACAUCCAACAUGAUCAACAUCAGUCACGUGUUGACGGUAUCGUGCAACCUGAACGAAAGCGGUCAAAGAUUGCUUACCCUAUUCCCUCAAACUUCCAUGGAAAGAAUUCUUCAGAAGUAAAACCAACUAAUGGCUUGUUUUCCAAGCCAAUCAGCCAGUCAAUGACCAUAACAGCAAGUAAAAAUGUCCAACAACAACCAACCUGUCUCGAAACAGAGGGCCCCAGGCCUGGGUUUGAAAAGGAAGCGAUCGAUUCUGAUGGAUCUCUCAAUGUAAGAAGAAAAAGAUCCAACAAACGAGCUCUUUCAUCAGACCAUGAAAAAACUAACUCUGACAGGAAAGAUAUCUUAGAUGAUGAAUUGCUGUGGUUGCCAACUGUUAAGAAUCAUGAUAAUUGUAGUACAAGCAAAAGGAACAACAAUAUUGUAGAUACAUACGACAUAGAUACUGGUAUGUCUAGUCAAGACUCAUUUGCUGAUCUCUUUGCCUCAACAACAAAUACCCCUGUAUGCACACCACAAAGCAGUGUUCCAAAUUCAGAAGUGUUUUCAUCACAAAGUGAUUGUAAUUUAAAAUGUGGUGGCAACUUAUUCUCAGACCUUUUUGAUGACGAUGAUUCAAAAUUGGCAGAAUUAGAUGUUAGUGGCAUUAUUUUAUCAUACAGUUCUUCAUGUAAAGAGCUGGAAAGUCAGAAAACACAAUCAGACACUUGCAGUGAGAUGGAGAUGGAAAUAAAUAAAACUAAUAGUAAUACUGCUUGUAAAACCUAUAAAUCAUCACACACUGAAAAAGAUCCAAAGGUAAUAAAUUCCUCAGAUCAAAAAGCAUUACAAAAAGUUAAAGCUAAUGAUAAAAAUGUCAACACAAGUGUGUAUAAUCAAGGGUGCAAUAAUUCAUCACAUGCAGAAAAGGAUCUAAAGACAAUGAAUAUGUUAGAUAAAAGAUUACCGGUACAACCAGUAAACACUGAUGUUAAAAAUGUAGAUACAAAUAGGCAAAAUCAGGCAGACAUUUCAUGCAAAAGUACUGGUAAUAUGAAGAAUGAAUUGAAGAAUGAAUGUCAAGCAAAAGAUACAAGUGAAGAAUUGUUUUAUGGCUUGCCUCCAAAGGUGGGAAAUCUGAUUAAGAAACACAAAGGAAUUGAAAAGUUAUAUGGUAAGUUUUAAGGGCAAAUUUAUAUUUCAUGGUUUUGGUCAGAACUAUCUGAAAAGGAUUUUGGAGCCAACACGUACGUUAGGCUUGGAUGCAGGCCUUGAAUUUCCCUGAAAUCAAUCGACGGCAAUGGCGUUAAAAAUUGCCGUAGAACGUAACAGCUGUCUACGGCAAUUUUGGCAGUUUCCACGGCAUUUUUCAAAUUACUGUAAUAAAACUUUAAUUUUAUUGUUACUUUGGAUUUUUGACAAGCUAGAAACAUGUCUAUGUAAUUUCUUUAGUGUUUUUUUUUUCGAAGAAAACUGAGACUAAAAUAGUGAUUUACGCAUGAUUUGAUCAACAUCUGAAUUCAAGUAUCAAAGUAGUAAUGCACAAACUACACGGCAAAAAUUUGCCGUCGUUGCCGCAAUGAUCCACGGCAUUUUGUUCUCCCUCUACGGCAAUUGCCGUGAUAAAAUUCGAGCCCUGCUUGGAUGGUUUACCGGUUUUUCGGUUUUAUUUUCAAACCGGUUUUUUCGGUUUAGCUUUUACAAAAACCGGAAAACCGUCAUUACGUAUUUGUUUACUGUCAUUGCCUGAAACUCGAUCUUAAUUCUCAAAACAUGACGCUAAUUAAAUUCAAUUACAUGACACUAGAUACAAAUUCUAUUCUUUUUUCGUAAAGUCGGUAAGAACUAAAGAGGUAUAAGUUUUCAAAUGCGUUCUUGACCCUUUUAUUUUAAAACUGAAGUCGUUUUAGGUUACCUUUGCACAAUUUUGCGUUUUGGCGUGUACUGUUCGUUUGCUUAUGUCAAAAAAAUACCACAAUUCCUCCUCAUUCAGUUGAAGUAAAAAUUAAAGGGAAAAAAACUGGUUUUACCGGUUUAGAAGCAGAUGGUUUUUCGGUUUUAAUUUUAAGCAAAACCGCCCAAGCCUAACAUACGUACCCUACAUUAGGGAUAAGCUGAUCACAAAAAAGUGCCAAUUACCUGAUUCAAUUAAUCGGUGGCCGAUAAUACCAAAUAAUCGGCUGAUUAAUUAGCCAAAGCCAAUAGAUGAUUCCACCUAUCAAAAUUUACUAUUAUUUCCAUUUACACAUUUACCAUUAUGUGUCAGUUGUUUUGAUGAACAUGAGAAACCUUUGAGUGUUAAAAUUACACUUAAAAAGCUAGUGUACCAAAGCACUCGGCCACAGUAUCUCUGGCAUUCAUUCAUGGCAGUCUUCUCUUCCUUCCUGCUUCUAAAGAUUAUUACCAAUUAUUAAGAAAGCCUUCGCAAGAAAUAUGAAAAUAUUUUGGGCGCAAAGCUUUAUUCAAAGUUGCACUGUUGUGAGGGGUGAAAAAUGCAAAGUCUGCCAUGGCGUGAAUAUAAAUUUGAACCUUUUGGAAAAAUUACACUUCAACCUUAUUAAACUCUUUAAAACAUGCUGUGUCUAUUGCUGCAGAUCCCGUUAUAAGAAUGGAAGUCCAUUUAAG